AUGAAUUUACUAGCAUGCAUUACUUCCUUCUUAGUAAUAGCGGGAUUUGUUAUUGGAAACUUAGCCAAUGCCUUCAUAGUUCUGGUGAACAGUAUGGACUGUGUGAAGAGAAAAAAGAUCUCCGCUGUGGAUGGAAUUCUCACUGGCUUGGCUAUCUCCAGGAUUGGCUUGCUUUGGGUAAUAAUAAUGGAGUAUUGUUUCACUGUGUUAAAUACAGGAACAUUUAGGAAACAAGGAGCAAUUAUUUACCAUGUUUCCUGGGUGGUAAAUAACCAUCUUAGUGUUUGGCUUGCAACAAUACUAAGCAUAUUUUAUUUGCUUAAGAUAGCUAAUUUCUCCAGUCUUCUAUUUCUUCAUCUGAAGAGGAGAGUUAAAAGCAUGAUGGUUAUGAUAUUGUUGGGGAUGUUGAUGUUUUUAUCAGUUAGUUUUACAAUGGAAUAUGUAGAAAAUGUGUUGGAUAGCUAUGAAGGAAAUGUGACAUGGAAGAGCCAGCUGAAGGACACGAUAUACCUUUCGAAUAUGACUGUAUUCACUCUUGGAAGCAGCAUACCCUUCGUUAUAUCACUGAUCUGUGUCUUGCUGUUAAUCUAUUCCCUGUGCAAACAUUUCAGGAAGAUGAGGCUCUAUAGCAAAGGAGCCCAAGAUCCCGGCACUAAAGUCCAUGUGAAGGCUUUGCAAACCACCACCUCCUUCCUCUUGCUAUUUGCUCUGUAUACCUUCUCUGUAAUCAUAUCAGGCUGGUAUUAUAAUAAACCACUAAAUGAAUCAGUCAAUUUGCUUUAUCAGGCUGCUGGUAGCAUCUACCUUUCAAGCCAUUCAUGCAUCCUGAUUUGGGCAAACAAGAAGCUGAAGCAGGCCUUUCUGUCUGUUGUGUCCCAGGUGAGGUGCUGGCUGAAAGAAUGGAAAUUUUCAAGUCCAUAG